AUGGAUGAUCCUCCGCUGAAAGAUUAUGAUGUCCAUCCUCAUGGCGAUGAUGAUGCGCAGUUGGCCCAGAUGGGCCACAAGUCGGAAUUGAAGCGUCAAUUUUCCCUGUUGUCGAUGCUGGGUCUGGCAUUUGCUAUUCUAAAUUCCUGGACCGCUUUGUCUGCCAGUUUAUCGCUCAGCCUGCCGUCGGGUGGCAGUUCUAGCGUGGUCUGGGGUCUGGUUACCGCCGGUAUUUGCAAUCUGUGCAUGUCCGCCUCGCUCGCCGAAUUUCUUUCCGCAUACCCUACUGCUGGAGGUCAAUACCACUGGGUGGCUGUCAUUUCCUGGCAGAGAUGGAUGCCCAUCUUGUCAUGGAUUACCGGCUGGGUGAACUGCGCUGGCUGGGUCGCGCUGGUCGCUACCGGUGGUCUGCUGGGCAGUCAGCUGGUUAUUGGCGUGAUUUCAUUGAUGCACUCGAACUAUGUGUCUCAGCGGUGGCACCAGUUCCUGAUCUAUAUCGGGUAUAAUGUUGCUGCAUUCCUCAUUAAUGCCUUUGGCAAUAGCAUCUUGCCUUACUUUAACAAGGCUGCCUUCAUCUGGUCGCUCUCUGGAUUCGGUAUCAUUUGCAUCACGGUUCUCGCCUGUGCCGCGCCAGAUUUCAACUCCGGAGACUUUGUUUUCCGCGAGUUCUUGAACACAACUGGAUGGCCCGAUGGUAUUGCCUGGCUCCUUGGCCUUCUGCAAGGAGGACUUGGUGUUACAGGAUUUGAUGGUGUUGCACACAUGAUCGAAGAAAUUCCCAACCCCUCGGUGGAAGGACCCAAGAUCAUGAUCGCAUGUGUCGGUAUUGGCACAGUGACUGGUACUAUCUUCCUUGUCGUUCUGCUGUUCGUGGCUGGCAGCAUCACCGAUAUUAUCGACUCAUCGGCAGGUCCGCUUUUGGCUAUCCUAUACAAUGCGACUGCCAACAAGGCCGGUGCCAUCUGUCUUUUGGUCUUCCCUCUUGUUUGCAUGUUGUUCGCCACUACUGCUAUCAUGACUACCAGCAGUCGCAUGUGCUAUGCAUUCGCACGUGAUGGUGGUCUGCCCGCAUCGCCGUUCUUCUCCAAGGUUCACCCCAGCUUGAAGGUUCCCCUGAACACCCUCUACCUCAACCUCGCUCUUGUCAUUAUCUUUGGUUGCAUCUUCCUCGGCUCCUCCAGUGCCUUCAAUGCUAUUGUUUCGGCCUCGGUAGUUCUGUUGGAUCUUGCUUAUGGCAUUCCAAUCGCGAUCAACUGCAUCCGGGGACGUAACACCCUUCCCGAACGAUCCUUUGUUCUCCCCAAUGUCCUCGGCUGGGUGUUGAACAUAAUCUCGCUUGUCUACGUUUCUCUCACCACUGUUCUCUUCCUCUUCCCUCCAGAGCUUCCUGCUACUGGCAGUAACAUGAACUACUGUGUCGCCGUAUUCGCCAUUGUGUUCGUCGUUUCUGCCAUCACCUGGAUCUUCGACGGUCGUAAGAACUACGUUGGUCCCCGGAUCGAGUUGGAGAUCCUCUCGGGACAAGUCGGUGAUCAGCCACAACAGCCGGUCCCAAUGGUGGAGCAGAAGAAAUAA